AUGGGUCUACCCUCCGAUACCUUUGAUUAUGUGCAGGAGCAGACCAAGCUCAAGGCCACAUUGCAGGAUGUUGGCCUUGUUAAAGGUGCAUCUAUCCGCCGUCUGGCCUAUCAAGAGUCCACUGUGGGAGCUCAAGAUCCAUCUGCACACUCUGGUGCACCAGACUUACCACAUUUGGUACCAGACGGCAGUUCAACAGGUGAAACAUCAUUGCUAACGGUCCACCCUGCCAAUAGUCGAUACACCUCGCCUUUUCCUACCCCAAGUUCAACAGGCGAAACAUCAUCGCUUACACCUCCUGCUCCACUCCAAGAUGUUUUUUAUGGUUCUAUGGACCAGCAACACCCAUGGAUAGAUCCUAGCUCCUCUGACAUGUUUAGCAUGAUGGGCUCCGAGCCUUUUUUACCUUAUAACUUUCCUGUGAAUUUGUUGGGUCAACCAAUGGCCUCUUAUGGAUGCUCCCAAGACCCUCAUGCAACAAAUGCCACCACCUUGACGAAUGCUAUUGGUGCAUCACUGAAGCCUGUUGCAUCAUCACCUCAUGAUGCUGUGCCUCCCCUUCCAGUCACACACAUUAUUCCACCAAUGCCAUUCAAGGAUGGUGGCAGUCAGUCAAACACCACCACCUCGACAAACAUUAUUGGUGCAUCAGCAAGCGGUUCCAGUUUGCAGAUGGACAUGGGAGCCUAUCCUUCUACUGGCUCUUGCGAACACUUUCCUGAGGAGCAUGAGCUGGUCACCCAUCAAGAGGGACUUUCUGUUACUGGACGCAGGUCUGCAGAGCUGAAUGGAAUGUUGGAUGCUGGAUUUGUUGUAGUCGAGCGCCACUUUCUCAAUCUCUCUGCAUCUACUACACUCUCUGUUUCCCAAUUGAUCAAUGUGUUCUUGAAGAGUUGCGGACGCACCGUGAAUGGUACCAAUUAUUGGAACCUGUACACUAACUAUUUCAAAGAACACAUUCAGACCGAACUUGCACACAUCGGCAGAGAGGUCCCACCUGGAGGUGCAACCGUGCACAAGCAAUGUUACAAAAGUUUCAAAGAUACCUAUCCUGAUUCUUACCAAGACCUCCUGCUAAUGCACGAGGAAGCAUCGCUCCUUGGAUCAACUCCUCAAACAAUAGCUCAGCAUGGACAGGGCUUCCAAAAACAUUACCGAAGAGUAAUACAAAUUCUCGAGUCUGCCUCCAUUAAAUCUGGCUUUGAAGCAGCCAUCGUCCUCUGUGGCAAGGUAGUCAACGAAGAUGGAUUGCUCAGCUAUUCAUAUAACACUCCAGGUGCUGCAGGGUUCUGGGAGACACGAUGCCGUGCCAGCAAUGAUGCCAUCAUCGGGCAUCUUAAGGCACACAUGUAUAAUAGAACAUCCUUGGCUGCGGUAGAUGAAGCAUUUGAUGAUGGCACCCAUAAUGCCCCUUCAACCCCAAACUCAACUUCAAACAACAAUCAUGAUCGAUCUCAGACUCCUGAGGGACGGGAUGAUGGUUUGAAAUGGGUCAAGCUUGAACUCAUCAAACAAGUCGCCCAACUUGGGGGCAGGUGCGCCUGGGAUAAAAAUUUCCCUUGGAAGGGCAUGUCACGCGCCCUUGCAGAUGCCAAUCUCUGCAUCAAAGGCUAUCCUACUCAUAAGUGUCUCUUGCCUGGCGAAGCUCACAAUGAAAACUCAAAGAACAAGGGCAUUGGGGCACUGACACAGAAGGAAAUUGUGGUGCUCAUGGAUGCCUUGAAGGCAGGAACCAUGCAAGUCGCCAAAGUUGACAAGACACAUUGA